AUGUUAGUGACAAAAUAUAAUAGUGAAGAGAGAAUUUGGAGUGGCGGUGAUGAUCUGAGUUCUCUGUUUAGUGAGAAAGUUACUCUUGGCCGUGCUGCGCUUUAUGUUCUCAACUUGAAUCCUGAGAAAAUUUUCCAAAUUAGUGCUGACGACGGAAGCAAACGGACGAACGGCGAAAUCUACCAAUCGACGCUGAAGAUCGCCUUCAAUCUUCAGAAGUUGGGCUGCGCGAAAGGCGACGUUGUUGGCUUCGUUUGCAGAAACAGCCAUGAUUUGACUCCGGCAUUCUUAGCAGCUCUUUUCCUUGCUGCUCCCACAAAUGCUCUGGAUGUGGCUUUCUCCAAAAAUGAAAUCCGGAACAUGUUCAAAACCACUUCACCCAAAUUCGUGUUCUGCGAUCACGACGUGACGAGAACUGUUCAGAAAGCGCUCUUGGAACUCGGCAGCAACGCCACAAUCAUCGUGAUUGGACAGAAAGAUGCCGAUUUCACGCACAUCGACGACCUUCUUGACGAUAAGGGCUCUCAAAUGGAGAUCAUGACACUGGCAAUGAAUCCUCCGGAAGUUGACAAGGAUUCCGUGGCAGCAAUUCUGUGCUCCUCUGGCACAACAGGACCAUACAAAGGAGUGAUAUUUUCUCAUGAGAAUAUGAUACGCCGUUGUCAAAAUUUUCCUUUUGCCAAUUCAACAGAUAUUUCGUUCACUUUUAGUUCCAUUUAUUGGAUAACUGGGUAUCUUGUGAAGUUUAUAGGCAUCUUUUUGGGUGCAACAAGAAUAAUAACAGCAAAACCCUUCAGCCCUGAACUGCUGAUAUCCAUUGUGAAGAAAUGUAAAGUAACAAUAUUACUCACAACUUCAAUGUUUGUAGCUCAGCUUGUCAAUUGUCCUGCAUUGGAGAAGGACUCUUUGGCAAGCGUUAAGAACUUCCUUUGCACUGGAAGUUUAAUAAGCGAGGAAUUGUGCAACAAAAUACGACCAUUCAUUGCAAAUGGUCAUUUCACUAUUUUCUACGGAAUGACUGAGAUUGGAAUCGUUUCUGCUCAGUUUUUACCGACUUCUAAACUUUCGGUAGGACGUUUAGCAGCGGGUGUGACUGCUAAAAUCCUGGAUAAAUAUGGACAGCAAUUGAGAAUCAAUGAAGAUGGAGAGAUUGUUGUUAAGACUCAAACACAAUUUCAGGGUUUUUAUAACAACUUAAAGGCCACCAAAGAAGUCCUGGACAAGGACGGAUGGAUUCACACCGGUGAUCUUGGUCAUUUCGACGAGGACGGACUCCUGUUCAUCACGGGCAGGAAGAAGGACGUGAUGAAGUACAACAACUUCCACGUUUCCUCUUCCGAACUCGAGGAAAUCCUGGAAAAACAUCCCGAAGUUGGUCAAGUUGUAGUCGUGGGAAUUCCUGAUCCUGAAUAUAUAGAACUUCCCGCGGCUUUGAUUGUUCGAAGAAAUGGGAAUUUAGUAACCGAGGAUGAAUUGUUAAAAUUGGUGGAGAAGAACGUGUCGGACUUCAAGAGGCUUCGAGGAGGAGUUUUCUUCGUCAAUGAAAUUCCAAUGACGCCGUCUGGGAAGAUUAGGAAAGUAAAAGUGGAGGAAUUGGCAAUUGAACUAUUUAGAUUGAAAAAUAGAAAAUAG